GACCGGCAGCCCCAUUUUGUCUUUGCUGACUCGGUGCCUUGGCAUCAGUUGUGCCUAUCCCUGAGAACGAGCAGCAGCAGCAACAGCAGCAGCAGCAGCAGCAGCAGCAGCAGCCCCGCACUGUGCAAAUGGCCAAGACCGCAAUUGGAGGGGAGCUGUAUUAUUGCCGCCAAAAAGGCACAGACCAGGCAGUCCAAGUGAAGGUUGUCUGUGGUGCUGAAGAGGCAAAUGAGUUUUUUAAGAGUUUUUAUGCCAGCCCGGCAGGGGCACACACCGGGCAAAAUAAAACAAGACACAGCAUCUCUCCGAGAUAUUACUGGCCAGCGAUGUCUGUUGACAUUAAUGAGCGGGCAAUCAUGCCAGGAGAAAAAAGGUCCUUACUAGUUGAUCGUCUUGGUGAGUCUCAAAUGGGCAUUAAAAAAUGCCUGGAAUCAACGCCGGGCGUUCAUGCACAAGAAAGGGUGCAAUGUUUCCAGGUGGACUUGUGGCACUCUCCCCCAUCCCAGGCAAUAAGAUUCAACCUCUUGUGGUGUAUUUGCUUUGAAAUUUGCAGAACAUCUUCUUUCAAAUGAAGAAAUAGAUUUCUCAGCAAAGGCACAUGAUGUAAAUAGGUACAGGCUGCAAAUUGCCACCACACUUCUAUGAGAGACUGGUAAGUAAUAUGCACCCAAGAGAUGUUAUUGCCACCCAAAGAAUGGUCCUGACUGUGCUAUCAAUGCUAUAUAAAACUUAAGUUUUACACAGGGAAGUACUAUAGCAAUUUUCACAGAUGAUUUACCUGACUUGUGCUUUGUUUGUGGGGAAGCUACACAUGACACACGGUAAUUAUGUCAAGUCUUGUUAACUAAUGCAUGUGAUGAUUAAGAAAUAUAUUGAAUUACACAUUCGUUGUAAAUUAUUGUAAAUGUGCUGCAUUGUAUGAUCUUGCUUUUUUCUUUGUUUACCAGAUUCAGUGUGACGAGUGUUGCAGGUGGUUCCAUCUUCUUACAAGGAGAAGAUGAAGGAGAUUUCCGUCUUCUCGCUCAUCUGCUCCUGUCUGUACCCCGACAGCCACAAGAACCCCCUGGGAAACUUUGAAGAGCUGGACAUCAAGCCGAUCAACAAGCGUGCGUCAGGCCAGGCCUUCGAAGUCUUCUUGAAGCCGACAUCGCCCGUGUCAGACGCUGCCCACAGCGUCACCACGCCCCCCAAGAGGGACAUCUCCCUGGACGAUAUCCAGAAGAAGCUGGAGGCCGCUGAUGACCGCAGGAGAUCCCAGGAGGCGCAGGUGCUGCGAGCGCUGGCGGAGAAGCGCGAGCACGAGCGCUACGUGCUGCUGAAGGCCAUGGAGGAGAACAGCAACUUCAGCCGCAUGGCUGAGGAGAAGCUGCAGCUGAAGAUGGAGCAGAUCCAGGAGAACCGUCAGGCCUACAUCAACGCCCUCAUGGAGCGCCUGCAACAGAGGGAGAGGCACGCUCAGGAGGUGCGCAGGAACAAGGAGUUGAGAGAAGAGGUGACAGCGUGAGGAACUCUCGUCCCACCCCAUUCUCCUCCCCAGGGUCUUGGUGUCCACUCAACUGGGAUAAACCGUCACCUGAACGCCUCUUGUUCCCUCCUCCUUUCCAUACAACAUCUCGAGACAGUGGCACGCACACAUGGGAGGGGUUGGAAUGGUGUCCUUAAUCAUAAGAAAAACAUAAAUCGCCACAAUUCUUAACAACAACAGCAAAGAUGGAAUCUGAUUGCCAGAAAGCGACAGUGGAGGUGUAAAUACUUUUUUUUUCUUAUGACUAGUACAAAAAGUAUCGAUUGCAGUGUGACAUUUUUCAUGAUCUUUAUUUUGGUGGUCGCUUAGUGGCUUUGAUGUUUUGGUGGUGCGUUUGCAAGCUCCCCCUUUCCGUCCCACCCAUUGGCAUUCAAUGCGAAGCUAAUGCAUUGCAUCCCUUAUCUCUUUCUUGUUCAGCCACACGAGUUUAGCAUAGCACAUGGCUAAUUAGCUAUUAGCGAUGCUGCAAAAGACAAAACCCGGAAGUUUCCCACCCAUCUUCGUAACCCACUUUUAGCAGGGAGGAGCCACGCCUGAGGUUGAACCCCAUGGUGCCGUGUCAUGUGACUCUUUCCAUUUGUGUGUGUGUCUGAGAUCCCCUCUCUCUUUCUGCAUUACUGUAUACCUUUGUCAACAAGCAAGCUGUGGUUAAUAAAGAUUUGGGGACAUUGAA